GCCCGCCAGGAGGACGGGAAGACGGGAGGUCUCUUCUCGCCUCUUCCCGAGGCAGGCUGCGUCUGGCUCUGGAGGCUCCACGCGAGCCCCUGCCCGCUCCGAGCGGCCAGGAAGGGUCCCCGAUCCGUAGGGUCAAAGGUUGCUGCAGGAAAGCUGCUUCUUGGCCUCGAAGGUCAUCCUCCUGCCUGGCAAAGGGUCUUUCUCUGCCCGGAAAUUGGAUUUUUGCAUCUUGCACUGGCCGAAGCAUGCCACGUGCAAAAAAUGCAGUUCUUCCCAGCGGGUAAAGGACCCCAAGGCAACCCUUGACGUUGCAAAGUUUGCUUUCGCAGCUUGCAAAACUCGGAUUUUGCCGACAGCAAAAUAGCGCAGCAGAGGAUGGCAUCCAGGAGAGAAUCACGCUGGAGGAAAACCAAGUUUCCCUGCCUCUCCUUCCGACAACCGUACGCCGGGCUGGUGUUAAACAAAGUCAAAACGAUCGAGAGCCGUUGGCGACCGGUGCUGGCAAGCCACCAGGCUGGGACUGUCGCCGUCCACAUUGCUUUUAAAGACUGGGAAGAUGAAAGCUGGAAGGACAUCUUGUUGAAUCGGCUCGGGUGGACUCCGGCACAGAUUGAAGACUUGUUAGCAGAGGGAGAGAAGUUUGGCAGAGGGGUUAUUGCUGGUCUGAUUGACGUUGGAGAGACUUCCCAGUGUCCUGAACAUUUGCCUCCUGAAGACGUUUUGCAGUUGGAAAAUAAAGCUGUUCUCCGGGGUCUAGAACAAAAAUACUUGACAGUUAUUUCCAACCCCAGAUGGUUGCAGCAACCCAUUCCUGCACGAGGACGCAAAGAUGUCUGGCAGGUUGACAUCCCGGAGGAGCUGAUCCCUUCCCCUGAAUCCGGUUGAAGAGAGGCUCUUUCUCCUGAUGGUUGGGCCCCUGCUUGUUGAGGAAAUCCGUCUCAUUUUGAACUGGACGAAUCCAUCUUUCUGCUGCUCUGAAAUACGAGAAGCGUGCGCAAGUGUGACAGAAACUGGAGACGAAGCACUUGACGUUGGAGGGAGAUCACUGACCCGUCGAAAGGAUUGUGGCUGCUGAGAAUACGUGUUGACGCUUUGUCAGGACGUCACCUGUUCAGAUAUUGAUGAAUAAUUGGUGCAUCUGGGAUACAAUGCGUUGUACAUCUUAUGCAAUAUUGUUGUGGUUUGUUUUAGCAAGGGUAUACAUAGCUAUGAAUGGAAACAGGCACACUCUUGCCCGGUAUCAUUUAAGAAACUCCAAGAUUCUUGACUCUGUGUCAAUUAGAUGCUCCCACUUCACUAUAUUAUUGUGACUCCAAGCAUUGAUUGGAGAACAAAAAAGAGCUGUUGAGUAUGAAGGAGGUGGUCUCAGACUUUAAGGAAAGAGUUUCAGCAUCGAUUGACCCUCGUUUUGCUCCUAGGAAGAGUUCUCCACGUUAAAAGGCAGAGAGAACCCUGAUUAAUACCUGGGGCUGGGAUGUAUCAAAGGCAAAUUUGUUCCUGUUUAAUUUCUAUCGGUGGUUCAGCUCAGGGUGUGCCGGGAUAAACGUGCGUCAGCUACUGACUCAUCCCAUUUUAACUUGCAAAAAUAGGAAACCGAGCUAACACUAUUCUCAACUAAAGGCUUAAGCCUCCUUAUCUCCACUCUAGUCCUCCAUCAAAUUCUCUUUGGCUCUUUUCUACUCAGAGCAUUUCUUAAUAAAGCCGAUGUGUCUUUUCAGGUUAGUUCCCCAUCCCCCCUUGCCAGAGAAGCCUACAAACCAAAUCACACCCGGGGAAGAGAAGCCUGUGGCCCUUCCCAUAUUGCUGGUCUCCCAACUCCCUGCAUUCCCAUGGGCCAUGUCACCUGGGAGUUCUUUCAGCCACGUUUGUAGGACCUCAACUUCCCCACUUCUGGUCCUGGAGAUGCCUAUGAUGGGACAGAUUCGUUUAUAUGUCAAGGCAACCUGUCACCCUGCUGUGGAUCCUCCAUAACGUACGAGAUGAAUGACAUGCUUGGAACUGUUUUUCUAUCUAAUGGAAUCCUGUUCCUUAAAAUGCUAAACAUUUAAACGUGUCUCUCUCUCCUGGCGGUUUCGUGUCCUAUUUUUAAUACGCGCUUAUGAAAUAUCUAUGUAAACACUUGAAAGCAAUUGGAGAAUUUGCAGUGUUGAGGGAAUUUUUCAAGCCUGAACCAAUUAGUGUGAAUCUACAAUUUUAGAAUAUCCCUUGGUGCAAUAAAUUACAGCACUCUGCGGCUCUCAAAUCAGUGAUCUAUAAAGGGGGUUUCAGCAAGUUAAGCAGUUCAAAUGUAAAUGUAAUAGUUUGACCUUUUCCUUAGAACUUGUUAUCCUACUUGGGUUAUGAUUUAACAGGAUGAGUGUUCUCAAUUUAGAUCAUGACAGAUUUAACUGUACUUCAUUCAGAACUGCGGUGUGACUCCUCAUCGUUGUACUUGUGAUAAAUUCAGUAUUCAGUGAAUUCCGAACUAUGCCACAACGAAAGGUGUUAUUGUAAGAUGGCAUAAGGCUGAAGUUCAUUUAAUCAGAAGCACUGAUUUUUUUUUAGUUUUAAAACAUAUUUCUCUUCCUCCAUGCAUAUAUUUAUCCAGGAAGCUACAUCUCGUAACCUAGGUGGGGUGCCCUGCUUUGAAGCAUUUCUUUAUUCACAUUUUAGAUUUCAAACUAUCAGCGCGCAAUAUUACUACAGGAUUCCCUUUACCAAAUUUAAUAUUGCUGAACUUCAUGGCAUCAUGCUAAGUAAAAGCAAACACUUCGGGUAAUAAAUCUGAGGCUCUUAAUAAAACGAAUGGCCACUUGGUUAAUAGGUUUCUUUGAAAAUUAUGAAAAUAGUUUAAUGUGCCAAAGUAAUGUCCCUUUAAGGUGACAAAUGCUAAUUGGAGGAUGUGAAAACUAUCUGGGCCCCACAGUUUAUGAAUGAUGUGCCAGAGGUGGCUUCCCGUGUAUACUAAAUAUUUGCUAGGAUUACAGUAUUAGAAUCUCAGCUUACAGCCUGCAGUUCUUAAUUUUUGUCUAGCAUCUUUAAUAAAGAAAAAGUUCCAUGAAUAUCAAAUGAGUUUCAGAGGAAGCAAACUAAAUUCAAGACUCUCUUAAAUGUUUUAGGCAGUCUUUGAUUCAUUUAACACACUGUGCCUCUGACUAUGGAAAACUCUGGUUUGCUGUAUUAAAGAAAAAGAAAAAACCUAGUAAAUGGAGCAGAACAAACAAGAUGAGUAUUAUUAAAAUCAGUGAACUAGAUCAGCCAAGACUAACUUGUCCUGUUGACUUCACAAGAUCUUCAAGCUUGAUUAAGCCCAGAUUCAAGCUGGCAAUUUAUAAAUGCUGUACAGGAAGGUAACAUCAACAAAAAAAUUAAAACAUACUGAUGAAUUCACCGUUGGUCCUUUGUUAACUACCUAUACGCUCACCGUCUUGUGCUUCACCAGUUAAAAAGACUUUUUCCCCCUUUUAGAAAACGUGGAAAAGAGCUAGGCACACAAUAAAAAUCUGCUUAUAACUCAGCCACAUUUCGUUUUAUAAGUUACUAUCACUGAAACAUCGAAGUUGGAAUCGGUUCCGGUGAUCGUUUUCGUGCGAUGUAAACCAACUGAAAUCUCAGUAAACUGAAAAGAUUCUCAGUGUGAACUUAAGAAGUGAUUACUUUAGUGUUUCUCA